UGGGUAAACUCGCGGGGAUUGACAGUAAAUAAAAAGGCAAUCCAUACAGCGAGCUUAGCCCAUUGUAAAUCCCAAGCGACAGCAGUGAGGAUCGACCAUGAAGUACCUGUGGUGUUUCGCUCUAGUGGCUCUGUUUGCGGCCGUGACCGUUGCCGCUCCAGCUCAGAAGACGAACUUCAAUGAGUGCCUGAAGGCUUGCGGCUACCACUACUCGCCGAUCUGCGCUGGACCCAAGGAGGGCGCCGAGAAGCCCCAGACGUUCGGCAACAUGUGCGCCCUGGAGACCUACAAUUGCGAGCAUAAGUCGGAGUGGGAGGUGAAAUCUCAAGGAGAGUGUCCUGGUGGCGGCGCCAUCCGGCUGCAGUGAUACUAGCAAUUCCCGCAGAUCCAUCCAAAAUUUUCCAGCCUACUCUCUCAACUCUCCUCCAGAUCGAAUUGGAAAUCGAUAAACCGUCUCUCUGACUCACGACAGCGAUCCGUAGAUAAGGUAACUCAAUGUUUCCGUGGCGUCGCCAAACUUAUUGGAUUUAUAGCGAACACCCCCCUAGUCAGUAUCGUUGGAAUGUUUGCAAGACACUGACCGAGGGCAGGCCGGAAAUAAUUAAAGAUUGGCGAACAUACAAUUGCACGAGUUCGAUAGCGUAGUGUCUGUCACUAUCAUGUGUUGUACAUCUCGUUUUUUGAUUUGCGUGAUGAAUAAAGAGCGUCCACCACAAAA